AUGAAGUACAUCUUCUUUAAAGAGAGCAUGGACAACUACCGCAUACAGCUCACCACAAUGUGGCCGCCCACCUUCCUCUUCUUCGAAGAAUUUGACCUACCUGCCAAAGAAACAUUCCAGGUGGUCCUGUACAUCCCUAACAUGUUCAACGAUGACCUCGCUUGGGGUAACAGAGGAGAUUGGGUCUCCACCAGGCUCGCAUCUCCCACCCACUCUCCGGCCUUGCCGCCCCCACCUGUGCUCGAGUUCGAGCUUCCCAUCAUUGCUGACGAUGAAGAUGCCGCCUGGGAAGAUGUUCCCACCAACUCCCUGCAAAUAGGCUCCUUGUGCAUCUACCAGCCCUGUUGGGAAAACAGGGCCGAAGGAUCGAGCCCAUGGGUUGACCUUGCCCAACUUGAAUGGAGGUUCGAGGACGCUAUCCACAAACAGCAGCGAGGAGUUCGUCUCUUCAAGGCCGUAAUCAUCGAUCUGGUGGUUAACGUACCCGUCCGAACUGAAAAACACCCAGCGAGGGGGAAGUUCAACAUCCCCCUCCACUACACGUACCUCCUCGAAGAGAUUAUCAAUGGAGCGUCAGCCAAGGUAUCCGCCCUCAAACAGCUACAGGGGGACAUGGAUCCUACUGUCAAAGGGAAACUCCUGGAUAACACCAUCGAGACCAGACUCUCCAUGGUGGGAGCAGAGACGGUCACAAGCCGCAGCAACCUUGCUGAUCUCAUCAAGGCUGCUAUGUAUGAUCAAAGCCUCAAACAAAAGGAUGCUUUCGUCCUCCUAAAAAUGGCCAAACAUGCCUCCACACGCCAUGAGAGCAACAUCAAUGACCUCUACCCAGUCGUCAGCCUCCCGUUCACCUCCCACCUGGGCCCCACCAUCAGUAGCCCAAUGGUAGAAUGCACUAGCGAGAUCACAGAAGCCCUCGGACCAGGCAUUAGUUGGAAUCACCACGAUGACAAAUUCAACCCCAAAGACUUUGGAGAGCACAAUGAUAAUAUGGAAGGGAAAUGUGCUUGGUAA